ACAAAAAUAUAAUAAAUGUAAUCAUUUUUUUGACAAAAUAAUAAAUGUUAUCAUGCCUACAAUAUGUUUCAUUUUCGUCUCUAGUAAUAUUAUAACUACACAUCGAUAUGCGUAUUGCUAUUUAAGUAAAACUAAUUUAUGAUAUAGGGAUGUCUGUGACUGAUGGUGAACAGUGCACGCAACAGAGUUAUCUUGCAUUUACCGGAAAAAAAAAACAGUUCUAUCUUGCUAACUGUUUGAUGAUUUGAGACAAAGAGACCAAAACAAAUUAGAACCUUCCCAAUUUAUAUCAUCACACAUCCACAUAGACCAUUGAGAUUUUGCCAAGUGCAUGUUAUCGCUUCAUCAGAAUUAAGCCAUUAACAAAGAUGGUUUAAUCUCAUAUUUUUUGUUUGUUUUGUCUGUUUGGUCAGAGAGCUUUGUUGUUAACGUCUUAAAAAAAAGUUACACACCUAAUUUUUUUUGUCAACAAAAUAAGCUGUUCUUUUCUGCUUCUUUUUUCUCCGUAUAUCAUCAAGAAAAGACACGUAUUUAGAUGGAUAAUGGAAGGGCGGUACCGAAUCACCUUGACUUGACUUUGCGUAUACCACAUAUAUAUACAUACAUAUUCAUGAAAGAAACAUAUUUUCUUUGUAAUCAAGUUCUCAAACUAUUAGCUCCUUUUAUUUUUUUCUAGCUUCCUCAACAAAUAACAUUUCUAAAGAGAUGGGAAAAUCUUCAAGCUCGGAAGAAAGUGAAGUGAAGAAAGGACCAUGGACUCCAGAGGAAGACGAGAAACUCGUCAGCUAUAUACAGGCGCACGGUCCCGGUAAAUGGCGAACCCUUCCCAAAAACGCCGGGUUAAAAAGAUGCGGGAAGAGUUGUAGGUUGCGAUGGACGAACUAUCUAAGACCCGAUAUUAAGAGAGGAGAGUUCUCUCUUCAAGAGGAAGAGACUAUCAUUCAACUCCAUCGUCUUCUUGGAAACAAAUGGUCUGCCAUUGCUAUUCACUUGCCAGGAAGAACAGAUAACGAGAUAAAAAAUUAUUGGAACACUCACAUAAAAAAGAAACUCUUACGAAUGGGGAUUGAUCCGGUGACUCAUUGUCCCCGGAUUAAUCUUCUUCAACUUUCCUCGUUUCUCACCUCAUCUCUCUUCAAAUCUAUGUCACAACCAAUGAACAUUCCGUUUGGUCUCGCUAAUCCAAGUAUUAAUCACGAACUCUUGCAUCAACUCAAUACCUCUCUCAGCAAUGUUCAAACCGAAUCAUACCAACCUCACCAAGCAAACCAACAGCUUCAAAACGACCACCAAACCAGUUUCACCGGUUUGCUCAACUCAACACCACCGGUUCAAUGGCAAAACAAUGGAGAAUGCUUGGAAAAUUAUCUCAAUUACACCGGUUCUGGUGACCAAUCUAUUAACCAGGCCCCUCUAACGGGAAACUACUCAUCGGCCUUUAAUGACGGUGAGAAUUAUAAGGUCGGGUGGAAUUUCAGUUCUUCAAUGCUACCGGGAACUUCGUCUAGCAGCUCGACUCCGUUGAAUUCAUCUUCCACGGCUUUUAUCAAUGUUGGAAGCGAAGAUGACAAAGAGAGUUACGGAAGCGACAUGUUGAUGUUUCAUCAUCAUCAUCAUCAUCAUGAUAAUAAUGCUUUGAAUCUAUCAUAAUAUGUUACUUCU